CACUGGCUAGUCCAGCUGAAGGGCCUAGUCUCGCCACUGUGAGUCGCGGGCCCUGCCGGCUUCCGUCCUCUUCCGCUUGUCUCAGGUACAGCGCGGAUCCCUCCGCCACAGCGUGCGCUCCCGGUAGCGCUACGAUCGGCUUUUGGCAAUACCCGGAUGGAACUGUAAUGGCCGUCAUUGGGGACUCGGAGGCAAUGGAGAUCAAGACAGAUAUCAUCUCUUCUUUUGAUGACAGUUCCUGAUUGUGGCAUUGCCUCAGCAUUAAAUUGUGUGCCUUUUGUUCCUGGAAGAAAGAGAUGAGAAAACUGAGGUAUAGAGAAGUUGAAGCUUGCCGAAAGUCACAGAGCAGAGCUAGAAUUAGAGCUUGCAUUUCCUGACUCCCAGAUUAGUGUUACUUUUACUUCAGUCUAUUACUUCUUGGUGAGUUAAUAUGGGAAAAAUCCUGGUCUUUUGAAGAUGCCUCAGCACAUUAUUGUUUCCUGUUUAAAUUGCAAAUAACUUCAGGAGUCUUUCAGGAAAAAAAAAAUUGAUUUUUUUGCUUAAUCAUGCCAUCUGAACAGAAACAGUUCUUUUGUGAUGAAAAACAAACUACCAUAACAAAAGAUUAUGGUUUGAAAAAUGAGAUAUUUGAUACUAUCAGAUCCAAACCUAAACCAAGUAUUUCAGAAAGUGGUUUUCAUCAUAAACUAAAAAAUGUGAAAAUUGACUUGCCGAAGAUAAAUAUUCCAAAUGAAGUAUUAUUGAAACAUGAAAUUGAUAAAUACAGAAAAUUAUUUCAGAGUAAACCACAGACUGCAAGAAAAUCUGUUACUAUUAAGGCUGUAAACUGUGAAGAGGAGUAUGUGUUGCUCAGUAAGUCUGAGAGAGCUGAAGAAGAGGGUAUAAAAAUGUCUGCAAAAAUAAUCAAUUUCAGUUGUUCAAAAUGUCAAGACAGCACUCGAUAUAGCCCAAACGAUUUGCAGAAACACUUUCAGAUGUGGCACCGUGGUGAAUUACCUUCAUAUCCUUGUGAAAUGUGUAGCUUUUCAGCAAAUGACUUCCAAGUAUUUAAACAACACAGGCACACCCAUAGAAGCACAUUAGUAAAAUGCGACAUUUGUAACAAUGAGAAUGUAUAUACUUUAUUGAACUUGACAAAGCAUUUCACAUCCACACAUUGUGUUAAUGGUAAUUUUCAAUGUGAAAGGUGCAAAUUCUCCACCAAGGAUGUUGGCACAUUUGUUCAGCACAUUCAUAGACAUGAUGAAAUUCAUUAUAAAUGUAGUAAAUGCCAUCAUGUGUGUUUUACCAAAGGAGAACUUCAGAAGCACCUUCAUGUUCAUUCUGGUACAUUUCCCUUUACUUGUCAGUAUUGUAGCUAUGGUGCCAUCAGGAGAGAGUACCUUGUAAGACAUGUUCUAACUUUGCACAAAGAACAUUUAUAUGCAAAAGAAAAACUGGAAAAAGACAAAUAUGAAAAAAGGAUGGCAAAGACUUCAGCAGGUCUUAAGCUAAUACUGAAAAGAUACAAAAUAGGUGCGUCAAGGAAGAUAUUCUGGAAACGUAAGAAAGUUAAUGGAAAUGACAGAGGUAUAGACAAAAACACACAAGUGCUUAAAAAAAUGAAUAAAACACAGACUAAAUAUGAAGACCAGAGACGUCUUGUUCAAGAACAUUUAAAUGAAAAAAAGGAUGACAGAAUAUGCUGUGAGAAGAAUAAUGAUAAACCCACUGAGUCAGAGUCAGAAAAGCCAAUUCUUCUGUCAACUGGGCUGUGUAAUAGAGCUGAAGAGGCAGCAAAUUCUACUUCAGGUUUCUUGAAGACGGCUGUGCAAGUACCUACAAUGAUAAUGGUGAAAAAUAAUAAACUAACAAUUCCCUCUAACUACAGUGCUAAGUUUAUGCACUUCAAGAUGGUGGAUGGAAAACAACAUAUUGUAAUAAAAUUGCUGCCAACUAGUAAACAGAAUGUAUUUUCACCGGAUUUGCAGUCAGAUGCUGCAAAAAACAGUACUGCCAAUUUGCAGCCCCAGACUUUGCAUGCCACUGGAGUAACAACUGAGUUAAAUGACACAGAUUACAUGAAAGCAACUAUUCCAUUUUCAUGUUCACUGCCCAAACUUUCUGGAAAAGUAACGUCAGAAAAAGAAAUGGUUUUGAUAUCUCAGACGAGUAAUAAGCUUCAGUCAGUGGAAGAUAAAAAAAGUGUAUCUUCUUUGCCAGCAACAUCAGAAUUGGUUACAUCAGUGAAGUUGACCACGAAAGUUGAAACAAGAGAUAAUGUUGGCUUAUGGGGAAAUCAUAUUACUCAGAGUCACCCACAGGUUUCAGCUGCCACCAUUAGAAGUCCAGAUAAAGUCAACUAUACUGUCAAGCCAAAUGCAUGUAACAAUGGAGAUAUGCAUAACUAUUGCAUUAAUUAUGUCAACUCUGAGUUACCUGUUGAAUCUUCUAACCAAGGAUCAUUACCUUUUCAUAAUUACUCAAAAGUGAAUAAUUCUAAUAAGCGUCGUAGAUUUUCAGGAACAGCAGUGUUUGAAAAUCCUCAAAGAGAAUCUUCCUCAAGCAAAACAGUUGUUCAGCAGCCGAUAAGUGAAUCAGUUUUAUCCUUGGUGAGGAAGGAAAGCUCAAACCCAGAUAGUCUGUUAGCAUCUAUUAGCCUUUUAAAUACUAAAGAUGGUACAUUAAAAACACAGGCUGAAAUGGAAGAACAGUAUGUUUUAGAAAAAGGACGAAACAGUUUUGGACAGAACCUAUACACUAAUGAAAAUCAAAAUUUGGAGAGAGUGGCUGAAAAAUCUGAAUGGGAUGACAUUUCUAGUGUUGAUUCACCUAUGAUGCCUAGAAUCACAUCUGUUUUCUCUCUCCAGAGCCAACAGGCAUCAGAAUUUUUGCCACCUGAAGUAAACCAGUUACUUCAAGAUGUAUUAAAAACAAAAUCUGAUGUAAAACAAGACUCUAAUAACACUGCAGUUAAAGGCCUGCCACUUCAUUGUGACCAGUCAUUUCAGAAACAUGAGGAAGAAGGCAAAAUCGUUGCAUCUUCCAAAGACCCGAGAGUGCAAGGCAUAUUUACAAUUCCAUCUGGCAGUGUGGAUAUUAAUAUGCCUAUAAAUGAUGUAAAUUUAAAAUAUAGUGGAAAAGAAAAACAAGUGCCAUCAGUGUCACAAGAUCUGAGAGAUUCAAAGACACCUAGAAUUUCAGGUAUUGGCACAUUACUUAAGACUCAGUCAGAUGCAAUAAUAACACAGCAGCUUGUAAAAGACAAACUACGAGCCACUACACAAAAUUUGGGCCCUUUAUAUAUGCAGACUCCAAUUCUAAAUUCAGAACAAAAAAAGACUGUAUUUGUUCAGACUCCAAAAGGCCUUUUUGUACCAUUGCACAUUGCAAAUAAGCCUGGAUUACAUGUUGUUUCAGGAAGACCACUUCCAGUGGUUAAUGCACAAGGUGUACCUGCUUCUCUUCUUUUAAAUAAGAAACCUGGGAUGAUUUUAACUCUUAAUAAUGGGAAACUUGAAAAUGUUUCCAGUGUUAAAACUGAGAGUGCUCAAGCUUAUGGUGGAACUAUGACAAAGGAGCCUUGCGAAACACCUCUUUUAAAGGUAGAAUCAAACAGUAAUUGUCUUACACCUGCACUUUGUUCCAGCAUUGGUAGUUGUUUGAACAUGAAAAGUAGCUCAGAAAAUACUUUGCCAUUAAAAGUCCCUUACGUUAUCAAAACAUCAGCAGAUUCUUCAGUGAAAGCCAUUCCUGCUCCUAAUAUGCUAUCUGAGCAUCAGGGCAGUAAGUUGAAUGUCUUGGAUUCAGUAAGACAGCAGAACAAGGUUUUGCCAAAACCACCUCUUUAUACCCUCUUGCCUGAUGGCAAACAAGCUGUUUUUUUUAAGUGUGUGAUGCCAAAUAAAACUGAGCUGCUUAAGCCUAAAUUAGUCCAAAAUAGUACUUAUCAUCAAAAUAUGCAGCCAAAGAAGCCUGAAGAAAGACCACAAAAAAUAUUGCUGAAAAUUUUUAACCCUGUUUUAAAUGUGACCUCUGCUAAUAAUCUGUCGGUAAGCAAUUCUGCAUCAUCAUUGCAAAAAGAUGAUGUACCAUCUAAUCAGACUACAGGAGAGCAGAAAGAGCCAGAAUCUUCUAGAGAUGCCUUCCCUUUCUUACUAGAUGAUUUGAUGCCAGCAAAUGAAAUCGUGAUAACUUCUGCAUCAUGCUCAGAAAUUCCUCAGGAGCCAGUGUGUAAGACUAACCAAACAGAGACCAGAGUAUUAAGGUGUAAGACAGGUUGUCCCCAUGAGAGAAGUUUCAGUAGAAAAAAGGCUCCCCCCAAAAAAUGUUCAAGAAUAAAAUCUCAUGCAAGAAGAAAAGAUUCUGAAACUGCCUUUUCAUCUAGAAACAGAAACUGUAAACGAAAAUGUAGGGACAAUUACCAAGAGCCUCCUAGGAAAAAAGCGACAUUGCGUAGAAAGUGUAAAGAAAAGGCUAAACCUGAAGAUUUCCAUCAAACAUUUGGACUUUGCAGACCUAGAUUUUCCAAAGAUUCAGUUAGAACUUUGAGGCUUUUCCCCUUUAGUUCCAAACAGCUUGUGAAAUGUCCUAGGAGAAACCAACCAGUUGUAGUUUUGAAUCAUCCUGAUGCAGAUGCACCAGAAGUAGUAAAUGUAAUGAAAACUAUUGCUAAAUUUAAUGGACGUGUACUUAAGGUUUCAUUGUCAAAAAGAACUGUUGAUGCUUUACUGAAACCAGUUUAUUGUAUCUCUGCUGAAACAACUUACGAUGAAUUUGCCAGGAGGCACAAAACAUUUAAACCUCUUAGUCAAGUGAAAGAAAGAUUUGUGUUAAAAUUAACACUCAAAAAGACAAGCAAAAACAAUUACCAGAUUGUGAAAACUACCUCUGAAAAUGUUCUGAAGGCUAGUAAGUUUAAUUGUUGGUUUUGUGGUAGAGUGUUUGACAAUCAGGAUAUUUGGGCUGGUCAUGGGCAGAGACAUUUAAUGGAAGCUACUCGGGAUUGGAAUACAUUAGAAUAAUUUACCAUAAUUAUCAACAAAAAGAGAAGUAAAAUUGUCUUUGAGGAAAACACUGGGUCGAAUUAUAAUUCAGACAUUUUCCACUUCAAUAUAGUACCGAAAAUAAUAAUUUUUAAAGUAGGUUAUGUUUCAGUGACUGCAGAAGUUUUAUGGGUGAAAUUUGAAAAUGCAGCCACUGUGUGCUUAAGUUUUGAAAGAAACUAGUCACAGUGCAAAUGUACUUGAUUUAAUUUUUUUAAAUGUAUUCUUUGGAAGUUAGGGUUAAAGAAAAUUUUGAUAAAACGGCUUUGUUUUCCCAAUUUAUAUUGAAAUUGUUUGUGACUCGUUAGUAGAGGGUGAUGGUUGACAGCCCCAUUACCUCUCUUCUUCCACCAGCCUUAUUAAUCUGAUAAGUAUAGCUCCUCUGAAGAUGGAGAGCUCACAUCAUGGAAAUGAAGGAGUUUUUCAUCAUUUAUGCAGCAGAGGCAGCCCUGGUCCACGCCACAGAAGUAGAGGAGAACAUCUAAUGAGAGGCAACAGGGAAGUGCUUCAGGAAACGCACCUAUUGCCACGUGAGGUGCGCCUGCGUGUGAGCUUCUGGAUGGACUAAGCAGACAAGCGGCUCCACCCCCACCCACAUUUCCCAGGCAAGCUCAGCAGGGCUUCAGGGAAGCAGUGGGGACCAACUCAGAUCUCACAGAGCUUCUGUGCCACAGGGACUCACCCGGCCCUCGGCAGUGGGGAUGGCGCUGUGGGUGAGGAUGGCAACUUGGAGUCCCAGUUUCCGCUGCUUCCACCUGCACAAACACAGACACAGAAACGGAGAAAUCAAGACAAGCUGCAAGUUACUGCCCAAAUCACAUUUUCUGAAAUGACAGAAAGGUCUGAGAGCGCCUUGUCUACCGCACCCAACCUCCCCUGUCCCUACCUGGAGACAGAAGGAAAGAGAACAGGUGUCUGAGAUCAAGAAAGAGAACACUUCUGAGCAUGAGGGAGAUUGGAAGAUGAGUCUCUUAAGGCCAAGGAAUGUUAAGAGAAACUGGGCUCAUCACUGGGCCCUGGACUCCAAAGAUCUGUGUUCAAGUGAAUAUGAGGGUCCCAGGGGACAUUCAGGAGAGCGGUCCAUUCUGAAGUCAAGUGUAUGGAUGUACUGAGGUUUCAAAGAAUUCACUCCAAGCUCCUAACAUCUGUGUCCAGCAUUUCCAAUACCAUUGGUUCAUCUACAAAGCAACAACUGUUCCUGCUCAUACCCCAGGACUCAAAUUAAUAUCACCUCUUUGGAGAGACCUUCCUUGACCAUCUAAUGAUUCCCCCAUCCCAUAGUGAGUAAUUAUCACUGUACCCUGUCAUUUUCCUUCAUAGAAGAAGUUACAUGCUCAGGAGAAAUAGAGUUCUGUGUGUGUGUGUGUGUGUGUAUGUGUGUGUGUGUGUGUGUGUAUGUAUGUAUAUGUUUGUUUUCUUAUUUAUUAUCUGACUCCCCACUAGUCAAGUAUCGUAACAUCAGGGACUGUAUUUUGCUCCCCCCUAUAUACCUAGCACAGUGAGUGUUACCUAGGACAUAUACGUGAAGUUAUCUGUUGAAUGAAUGAAUGGGUGCCUGGAGAUGUUAUUCUGGAGAAGAAAAGAUUCAAGUGAUCUAAUUUCUUACUUCUAUCCUUUGAAGUUGCCUAGAACAACUCUAUUUUCACUUUCUUUAACAGCUGAAGGCUUGUACUAUGUGGCCAUUGGGGUAGAGUUAGGAAGCCACAAGAAGAUAGGUCUCAUCUCCGUCUCCUUCCAGGGUUUUCUGUCCCUGACUGGACAAGGUUGACUUGGUUGGUCAUCACAGGAGGGUCCAAGCAAAACUGAGCU